AUGACCCCCGACAAUUUGUUGAUAAAAUACUACGAGAUCCACCUCUCGUCACUGAGCAUAGACGACGUCGCACUGGUGCAGCACGUCGCCAUCCCCGAAGACUACUCGACAAAGUGUACCGCCACUCGUGUAGUUACCACCAAGACGGACGGGAAGGCCAAGUUUGUUCUCGGCAAUGAUUUCGGCGUCCCCGUCGGUGGUCACACGUCCUUGACCUUUCAAGUGAAGUCCUGCGGCAACGUGUAUGUCCUGUUGACGGAGAAGAUCAAGGUGGCGCCCACAAAAGGAAACUAUUAUUUCAUUUCCCUGGGUGUCACCAAGUCCCACCGAAUCUCUGGCAUCAUCGAGGGCUGCUACUCCUGCAAUACGUUCCCGAACUACAAGCUCAAAACGGUGCUGAACUGUACAGAAUACAACACGUUCUGGGUAGCCUGGGAUGGACAGGGGUCAGUCAGCAUUGGGAGGGAAGGGGACUUGAGGACAAAACCUCUCCUGCAGUUUAAAGGAAAGAAAAAGUAUCCAAUCAACUUUUUCCAGGUCACAUCGUAUAACUUUACCGCAGAGUUCAGGUUCCACCUUCCCUGCGAUGGCGGCACUUACGGCGACAACUGCACCGAUGUGUGUGGCCACUGCAGAUUCGGCCUUGCGUGCGACUCGGAUAGCGGAGAGUGCCCACAUGGAUGUCAAACUGGCUGGACCGGUUCUCUCUGUGCUGAGGAGUGCGGUAACAACACAUACGGGCCUGAAUGUACUCCCUGUGGACGAUGUCGUGAAAGAUGUGAAGUGGACACAGGACGUUGCCCCAAUAGUAUAUGCCAGCCUGGCUGGGUCGGCGACAGGUGUGACAGAGAGUGCUUCCAAGGGACGUACGGUCCGUACUGUACGCCUUGCGGUCAAUGCCAGGAGGGGGACAACUGCGAUGUCGGGACUGGACACUGUCCAAACAGGUGCCAGGACAGAUGGACGGGGGUCAGGUGUGACAUACAAUGCCCCGGAAACACUCACGGGUACAACUGCACGAGGUGCGGCCACUGCCGGGGUGAGGAAGAUUGUGACCGAGACACCGGACAGUGCCCAUCGGGAUGUGACCGUGGAUGGUCUGGUCCUAUGUGUAACACAAAAUGCAAGUUACAGACGUAUGGUCUCAACUGUGGCCUAAAAUGUGGUCAUUGUCUUGGGAAAGGCCCAUGCGACCACGUGACCGGUGAUUGUUCGUCAGGGUGUGAUGAAGGGUGGUUUGGAUCAAGAUGCAAAUUGAGCUGCCCCGGCCUCACCUACGGACAGGACUGCCAAUACAGAUGCGGGCACUGUGCCAAAGGAUCCAAGUGUCACCCAUCUACUGGCGCAUGCGCAGAUGGCUGUGAAGACGGAUGGCAAGGUCAUGACUGUAUUCGACCCGAUCAACCCAACCCAAUAAGGAUUUCGACAGAGAGUACUCCCAUCGCCGUGGAUCACCAGUAUGUCACUGGAUCAGUCCGAGCCGACACAAUUGCUGCAAUAAUCCUGGGAAUAUGCAUCGCGUUAUUGAUGGGGGUGAUUUUCACCCUCUUGUGGAGGCGUGCUGUGACCCGUCAUGAAAGCAAAUACCGAGCCAACUACAACCACAACGACGGGAAACCUGUCCACCUCGACAUCCCCGCCAGCCACGGAGACACGACUUCUAAUGCUUUCACUAACGCUGGAUUCCUAAAUAUUUCAGACACCACUGCACAGAUGUAGUAGCGACGAUAGUCUGGAUAGUAUACAUCUGUUGUCUAUUUCACACCAUAUAAAAGCUACAGAACAUGUCAUAAUCAUAGGAGUGAGAGAGUUUAGUUUUACGCCGCACUCAGCAAUAU